AUGGCUACCCCCAGUGUCCUUACCUUUGAUGAUGAGGGUCGUGCUGUUGACUUUGGGGGUGUUCCCCUUCCCCCUUCUUUCCCUCUGUUGCUUCUGUUGCUGCGGCCGACCUCGUUGGUUUCGAGUCGGUCGGCACUGCGUCUACCCCUAGCGGGAGACAACACACUGGCAAGGGCAAGGGGGGCAAGGGCGCUGGAGGGGCUGCCGAGGGCGGUGGAGGUGGUGGUGGAGGCAGUGGAGGGGGUGGGGGUGGUGGCGGGAGUGGUGGCGGGGGUGGAGGUGUCGGUGGCAGCAGUGGAGGCGGAGGAGGCGGCGGCGGUGGCGGAGGGAGCGGAGGCGGCGGAGGUGGCGGAGGUGGCGGAGGUGGCGGAGGCGGCGGAGGUGGCUGAGGAGGCGACGGCAGCGGUGGAGCUGGUCACGGCUCUGCGCAGAGGAGUGGGUCCGGUGUUGCGCGGUGGGGAAACUGGUCCCUGCACCUACGUCCUACGUACUGGCAACCACGCUAGUGAGCAGUGCGGGGGCCCGCACUCCACCCAGCGCUGCUUCGACCGCCUGACGGACGCGUGGCAUCACCAGUUCCCUGACGCCACUGAGAUCCCUUGCUGGGGUGAGCUGUCUAGGGCGGGGGUUGCUAUCUUUGAUCUUGAUUAUGAUGCUAUUCUUGCUGCCAUGUUUGCUGUAUGUGAUAGUGUUAAGGGUGACUGUUACCUGUGUGUUCCGCCUGACCCGGGCAUUGAGGCUGCUGCUCUAGGUGCUGGUGAGGCUGCUGCUCUAGGUGCUAGUGCGUCUGCUACCCCAAGUGCUGGUGAGUCUGCUCUCUCAGGUACUACGUCGGCUCAGGCCCUUCACACCUUCACCCUUGACUCGGGUGCUUCCCGCUCCUUCUUUCGAGACCGCACCACGCUUACGCUGCUUAGUCGGCCGGUUGCAGUCUCCCUGGCGGACCCCUCGAGGGGUCUUGUCCUGUUGAUCAGGUAG